ACUUAAAUAUCGACUAUUUUUUAGAAUAAAGAAAUGAAAAUGAGUGUUUACAAUUAACUCUUGAAUACAAGAUAAUGCAUCCAAAAUGGCCGCUGAACAAAUAAACAACUGAUAAAGAUUUCCGUGUCAACAAAUCUAUCCUUGAAAAUGCGCGAGUCAGUUAAAUCCCAGGACAGUGCUGAGAAGGCGGAGUAUACAGCUCUUAGCACUAUGGCUGACACUACGGCAGCUACUGACCUGUAUCCGACUGUGCGUUCAACUCAAAAGAACUGGUCCAAAUCCAAUAUUAUUUCUUUGAUAAUAUUAUGUUUUGUAAAUCUUAUCAACUAUAUGGACAGAUAUACUGUUUCAGCUAUUUUAGAGGAAAUAUCUAAAGUUCUAUGCGGAGAUGGUGAAGUUUGCUCAAAACAGAAACAGGGUUUUCUACAAACAGCUUUCCUUUUGGUCUACUUACUGGAGUUUUUCUUUGGGGAGGUAUUUCCUUGACUGCAAGUUUCAUGACGUCAUACUGGCCCUUUCUUAUUCUCAGAGCCUGUAUUGCAAUAGGUGAAUCUGCAUUUUCCACGAUAGCUCCAACAGUGCUGGCAGAUCUGUUUGAUGAAAAUUCAAGAUCUCUGGUUCUUGGAAUAUUCUACCUUGCAAUACCUGUAGGAAGUGGACUUGGUUAUGUGAUCGGAGGAGCACCAGCUGAUUGGCAGAAUGGACUAAGGAUAACCCCUGGUAUGAACUUUGUUGCUGUUGGGCUCAUCCUUUUCUUUCUCACAGAUCCUCCUAGAGGUAUCUCAGAACAUAAUCAGGAACGAAAAUCCUACUUUGAAGAUCUCAUAUACAUUCUUGGUGUUAAAUCUUAUUUGCUCAACGUUGCAGGGUUUACUUGUGUUACUUUUACCACUGGUGCCUUGUCUUGGUAUGGGCCAUUGUACGUUUCGCAA